CAUCGUCCACGUGCAACAAGCAACGCCUAGCAAUGGACCGGGGAAGGUUCGUUCUACGUUGACAGAAACAUGGAAAUCCGGCAGCUUCUACGACAAAAUCAAGGAGAAUGUAGUUCUCGGUCUGCAUAUGUUCGUGAUACUGGAUAUACAGGUCAAGAGCGACUUCGGAAAAUCAACGAAGCCCACGCUGUACACUAGGUCAAGAUGACAAGCUGUCUCUCAACUCAGAGAUCGAGUCUCUAGAGCGGGACUUACAGUCACACUUUCUCUCGCUUAAUGACUUCAUCACCUCGAGGUUGAGUAUGCUCAAGAUUUUGCUAUUGAUCUCGAGUACGAUCUAUGGCGUUUUGGAUUUAUGGGCAGCAGCUUCUCAGCGGAGUCAACACUACAGAACAUCCUUUGCCAUGGGUAGGGUAUACGACGUCGAGGUCGAAUGUGAAUUAUAUCACCAUAUGAUGAAUGAAGCGUCAGAAAUUGCACACGAGAAAAAAAACUACCUUGUAUGUAUAGCUACAGGGGAGCUAGUGACUUUAAAUCAUCGGAAUGACCUCUCGCACAUACUGCUUUAUACCAAUCUAAGAACAGGUUUUCAAGCAUUUCCCGCUUUGAAUGGGUUAAGUGGCCAUAGUCAACAAUGCGCAAGAAACUGCUCUAUAGGUGCGGCGAAAAGGCAGUAUUAGGCUGCACGCCCCGAAAGAUGUCCUACAUGAUUGU